GGGAGGACGAGGCGGAGCUUUGUCUGGUUGACUGUUAGUUGCUUUGCCACAUAGUCACAAAACGAAGAGGCAUCGGUAUUGACGGCAAAAGCAGUUUAAACAGGCCUGUGGCCAUGGCUAAAGACCCAUUAGCAGAGGCAGGCUUUUAUUUUGAUGAACUCAACAAGCUUCGGGUCCUGGAGCCUGAUGUCAGCCAAAAGACCUCAGAGCUUAAGGACGAGUGUAAAGAAUUUGUGGACAAAAUUGGCCAGUUUCAGAAGAUAGUCGGAGGUCUUAUUGAGCUGGUUGAUGAAUUGGCAAAAGAAGCAGAGACAGAAAAGAUGAAGGCAAUAGGAGCCAGGAACCUGCUAAAGUCAGUGGUAAAACAGAGGGAGGCUCAACAGCAGCAGCUUCAGGCCCUCAUUGCAGAGAAGAAGAUGCAACUUGAGAGAUAUCGCAUUGAGUAUGACGCCUUAUCCAAAGUGGAGUCUGAGCAGAACGAGUUCAUUGACCAGUUUAUUCUGCAGAAGUAAGGAUGUGACUGAGACAGCAGAAACCGUACGACUUCUGCGAUCACGUUUCCAGAGUGCCUGUCCUGUUUUCUCUCUUCAGAGAAUUACUCUUGCUGCAACCCCCCUUUUUUUUUCGGGAAGCAAUCACAAAGCUCCAACUUCAUCCUAAAACACCCACACCUUCUCUUUACACCACAUAAGCUACUUACUGUGGCUGUUCCUACUCUGGUCAGAGGGGGUGAGGAUUCACAGUGUUUGUAAGCUUGAAUAAACUUGGAACAUGUAGUUUUGUUCACACCAAAUAUCUCAACAUCUCAGACCAACAUAAAAGAAGAUGGAGCUAUUUAUACAAAAGAAUAUUAUUUAUACUAUUUAUACUGAAGAAAUACUCUGUAUAUCUAGUUUUACUACUUUUUGUAUCAAUUGAAAUACUGCAUGUGCAUGCAUCUGUAAAUACAUUUUGGUUUUAAAUGAUAGGAAAAGCAUUAACAUCUUGAUUAGAUCAUCUCCGUGUUAUUUUUGCUUUUAUUCUAUUUUUCUGGUACAGCCAGUCUGAGGGCACAAUACAUGAGGCGUAUGUUCUCCUCUUUCCAUCUGUUAUGUGUAUCAUUGUCUUUCAUGCAUUAAUUAGAUGACAAAUGGUUAUACUUGAAUAAUUAAUGUAACUUGCACAACAAGUGUUUUUGCUGUAAUGAUGCUGGACAGCUAGGGGAGCAAAGUUUUACUUUGUGCUGUCAUGUCUUGUUUCAGUAAAGAUGACUUGAUA